UACCAUUGUCUUCCAUUUGCUCUAACAAGUCUAUAAUACACUGCUGUUGUUUGGGAUAAUGCAUAAAUUCAGCCUGUAUUAUAUUUUGCGGUAUGAACUUUCCCUUGGGCAAUACAUCAAUUAGAGCCUUAUAAACCUUAAGGUCUUUCUGCACCCCAAAUUCCUCCAUAUUUUUUAACGCAGAGUAAAUAAAGUCAACAUGCCCUCGUCUGUAUAUAGCAUCACGAUUAACAAAUAUUUUAAUUGUUUCUAUAUAAGUGUCGCGGUUUUUAUUCUGUAAAUUCUCGAAUAAUCCUUUGGGUGCCACCUCUUUGGCUUCCUUUUUGCCGUUGCUUAAGCAAACUACGCUUGUAUUUAUGUGUUUUAUACAAUUUCUCACGCAUUUGGAGGAAUUUCUGUCUUUAUGUAAUAUCGUAAAGUAUGAUCUCCACAUUUUAUGAAACAUGUUGCCGUUUAAUUAAUCUACUUAUCUAAUAAUGCACUGUUAUUAUUAAUACAUUGUGAAUUUGUUUUUAAAUUUUAAAUAGUCUGAGGCCGCAUUGAGGUUAUGUCACUUUUUUGACAGACAAGUUGCCAACUGAUGAGAAAUGUUUUUGUUCUGAAAAAUUGACAGACAACUGUCAGUUGUUUUUCAUUACAUUUAAUUUGACGUUUUAUUAAUUUUAUUUUACUUUUUAUUUUGUUUAUUUAUUUAAAUUAUUAGAAAGAAAAAUCAUUUUUUAGUUUAUAAUUUUAAGAAAAAGCAUUUAAAUGUAUGUAUAGCAAUAGAAAAUACGGAAUAAGAGUAAAACAAUGAACAAUGACUAUAACUGGUAUCACGGAAAAUUAACCAGAGAUGAAGCUGAAAUUCUAUUAAAAAAUGAUGGAAGAACAAAUGGUUUAUUCUUAGUACGAUAUAGCUCAGCAGGUGAUUAUGCCCUUUCUGUGUUCAACAAAAAUGUAGUCCACCACUUCCAAAUUAGAAGACACGGCGACGAUGCCUUUUUCUCAAUAGCAGAAAACUGCCAAUACCAUGGCCUAGAAUCCCUGAUAGAACACUACUCGUCAAAAGACAGCGAUUUGCCAGACUCACUAGUAUUAACUGACUAUAUAAUAGGAGUGCCACCUCCUGCUGAUGCCAGACGACAUGGAAAAACCAACCUUCUGCAUAGAGCCACAACUCAAGGCAAUUACACUAUUGUAACAGAAUGUUUGAAUGCAGGCAGACAACAGAACCAAAGAGAUAAAGAUGGACAAACGGCCGUACACAUUGCCAGCAAAUUAGGAUUAAAUGAUAUUUUAAGAAAAUUAAUUGAAUUUGGAGCUAAUGUCAACCUAAGGGAUUCCUCAGGCCUAACUCCUUUACAUUAUGCUUGCCAAAACAACUUCCCAUCAACAAUAAGACUUUUAGUGAAUGCAAAUGCAAAUAUACAAGCGCGUAGUACAGAAAAUAGCUGCGUUCCCUUGCACGACGCAGCAAUAUGCGGACAUAAGGACGUUAUCAACGAAUUAUUGAGCUUAAAUGUCCCUGUGAGACCUAGAAAUAGCCAGCAAAAAACGCCGGCGGAUCUAGCGCGUGAAAACGGUCAUUUGGAAUGCGCAUUAAUGUUGGAAAAUUGCCAGCCACGUUUGCCAAAAUCCCUAAAAAAAGAUUGGUAUCAUGGUACUUUAAGCAGAAAGGAGGCUGAGGAUAUGAUAAGGAGUCAUUGCUAUGAGACAGGGACGUAUUUAGUUAGGUAUAGUGAUAGGAAUGCUAGUAAGGUGUUGACCUUACUUUGUGAUGGGAAUUUCUUUAAUUAUAUAAUUCAGAGUUGUCAAAAUAAUAAGCGAAAAUUUUUGUUUAUUGAUGAUGGACCCUUUUUGGAUUCCUUGGAGCAUAUAGUUGAUUAUUAUAGCUUUAUAUCAGACGGUUUGCCUACCAAAUUGGUAAAUCCUGUACCUCCAAAGCCAAAGCCCCCAGUACCAUUUGAUACAAUGCCAAGGCCGAAAAAAUCGAAAAAUCCCGGAAAGCCGUUAAACCCAGAGGCUGUUAAUUUAAAUAACAAUUGUUUUCCUAGUCAAAAACCUUUCAAAAACAAUUUUGCCAUUGGAAAUAACAAUAACAUUAGUCAUACUAACAACAACAACAACGAAAAUGAAGAUUACAUAAGCCUGGACAAACUAAAAAGAGGCAAUAUCAUAGGAGAAGGAGAAUUUGGAUCUGUGUACAAAGGUACUUACGUAAACCUAAAAGGGGAAGCAACAAGUGUCGCCAUUAAAACAUUACGAGAAGACCAAGUCAACCAAAACAACAUCAAAACGUUUUUGGUGGAAGUCCAGGUGAUGCAAAAACUGGACCAUGAAUGCAUAGUGCGUCUAAUUGGCAUUUGCAAAGGCCCCCCUCUACAGAUGGUGCAAGAGUACUUGGCUCUUGGUUCCAUACUACAAUACAUGGAUGCGAACAAGGAAAAAAUAAGGCCGAAUCACGAGUUCAAAAUGUGGGCGGCACAAAUUGCAAUCGGCAUGAAUUAUUUGGAGCAGCAGCGGUUUGUGCACAGAGAUUUAGCUGCAAGAAAUAUUCUACUAGCCACGCCGGAACAAGCUAAAAUUAGCGAUUUUGGACUCUCUAGAAUGGUCGGCAUGGAAGAUUUUUAUAGAGCGUCGACUGGCGGCAAAUGGCCUCUAAAAUGGUACGCGCCAGAGUCUUAUAAUUAUGCCCAAUUCUCCCAUAAAAGCGACGUUUGGAGUUUUGGUGUGACAAUUUGGGAGAUGUUCUCCUUCGGGGCUCAUCCAUGGGGUGACAUGAAAGGAGCCGAAGCAAUUAAACUGAUCGAUUCAGGGCAGAGACUGGAACAACCUAACGCGUGCCCAAAAAAUAUAUAUGACGUUAUGCUACAGUGUUGGGAUUUCGAUAUGAAUAGGCGGCCGACUUUUUCGGAGCUUGUAAAAAUUUUUCAAUCGGAACCCGAACAUGACUACAUGAAUAUAGUAUAAAAAUAACUUUUUUUAACUAACAUAGUUUGUCCUAUUUAAGAGGGGGGCGUUAAAAAAAUUAAAAUUUAGGUAUUUAGAGAACUAUAUUGCGUUUGUACCCUUGCGCAUUCUACUGCGCCUUGUAUUAAAAGACGAUUAAAUCGGCAGCCAUUUUUACCUUCUGAUCUAGGGAGUUUUAGAUUUUUAAGAUUUUAUUGGUUAUGUUGACAAUUGUAAAAAAUAAAUUACAAAAUUAACAAGCUAUUUUUUACAUAAAUGUGAUUAUAAUAGCUAUUUAUGUAUCAAGGCAGUAAAGUCGUGAGUGAUAAAAAAUGACUUUAAUGCCGAGGUGCAUAUUAAAUUUUAUCCAAAAUCGCGUUUAAUUUUACUAAUAAUUAAUAUUGAUGAUCAAAUCAAAUGUCAUUUAAAUGUAGGAAGUGUCUAAGUAUACUGUUUUUUGCGACGGUUAUUAUAUAUUUGCCCGCCGCGGCGAUUUUUAAUUUAAUUAAUAAAAUUAACUUAUUAUUUUUAUUAAAAACAACAUUUUAUGAAAGGGUCCAAUCGACCUCCGCAACGGUGCUUUUAAUUAAAUAUUAUUUAGUUGCUGCUGAGGAGCAGUAGACACAUCUUAAAAUGUAUAAUGGGUUGCAUACAAUACUCGUAUUAAAUCUGCAGUAAAUUCUACUUUACUGCCGAUUUCUUUUACUUUACUGCCGAUUUUGGAUAAACAUUUUUUCCAUAUUUUGAACAAAAUUUUAGUGGCAAAUAAUCCAAGAAAACCAUAAAGAAAGAUUGUAAAAAUUAAUUAAUCCACAGGGUAUUAAAAAAUGCAAUGUGUUGAAGUUAAAUGAAAAUAGUGGUUUUAAUAUAUGUAAUGGUUGAACUUGCGCAAUAUAUUUCUCUAAAUACAAUUAAUUCUUUUAAGUGGCCUUAAACGUUUUCCUCUUAAAUUGGCCAGACUAUAAUUUAGUAUAGAAUUAAUUUUAUGCCAUUUUACAAUCAAUUUUACAGUAUUUCUAAGAAAACGUUGCAAUAAUAUAUUCAUAUAUUUUAUUCAUUCCAUAUUUAUAUUAUAAACAAAAAUAUAUAUUUUAAAAAAAUUGAGUUUUUUAUGCAUAAUCUUUUCUCUCUUCACCCAUAACUCUCCUUAUUUGUUGUGGUGUCGAUAUGCCUGCAUCCCAAGCUGACUCCAAUAAACUUUCCUUGUCAAUGUUGGUUUCAUAAUUUAAAAUGUUACCAUUACUCCUGUACCUCUUUGAAGGCAUCAAAAAACUCCUCCUUUUUAUGGUCCUGCUGUGGGAAUGGGAGGACUCCAGCUCCACUUCCUCCCCCCAAUCCUUACUUCUUUUUUUACAUGAACAAGAGCAGUUUGCGCAGAUACAGCCCAAUGUUAAACCUGUCAAAAUUCCGUAGGCCAAAAUUGAGGCCAACACUAUGGGAGGAGAUAUUUUUACGACUCUCAAAAGGUAGGUUUCGUUUCUGGGGGUUAUAGAGUUAUUGCAAACUUCAAUAAUCUUAACAUCGCUGUUUUCAUCGAAUAUCCAAGAAUUUUUUUGAAUACUUGGAUCCAUUAUCAUUUUUUGAAAUUUUUGACCUGUUUUAAGUUGAUCAAUUUUCUUACAAGGAGUCUUGAAUAUCACAUCCCUAUUUUUUAAAUAGUCAAUUGUAGACAUAAACAUUUUAUUGCACUCUAUUCGAGUGUCAUCGAGGCUGAAAAACGUUAAUUUCUUCAAAUUAAACAAUAUUUGGUUCGGCAUUUUCAUAAGGUGAUUCCGGGACAAAUCCAAAUAUUCCAAAUUCGGAACACCAUCAAAUAAAUCGGGUUCGAUUGCAUCAAUCCCACAAUUAUUUAAAUCUAAAACCUAAGAAUACAUUAUUUAUUUAUUCAUAUAUUUAAAACUAUACCUUCAAAGAUUUCGACUCGAAUGGUGGCUCGUUUCCCAUCCUGUUCAAAUAGUUACCCGACAAAUAUAAUUCUUUUAGUUCCGACAUAUCUUUGAGCCAAAUUUUCAUAAUAACUCCUAUUCUAUUGUUGGAUAGGUCCAGUGUUUUCAAUUUCACCAAACCAUUAAAAGCGUCCAUAUGAAUAUUAUUCGCCAAUGCAUUAUUUGAUAUGUUCAAAAGUUUUAGGUUU